AUUACACGGCGUUGUUUUCCAUCAUCCCUCUUCAGCCAAGGAAACGAAAUCAUCCAUCUGGCAAACAAAACCCAUUUCGUUUCUCAUGGCAAUUUCCUUCUGCGUUUGUGCUACUCCUCGCUGGACCAACUCAAGUAUUCCUUCAGUUAAACAAUGCAAAUUCGUUGGUCAAUCUGUGAGCAUUGCCAAUUCGGAUCAUAACGGUGAUAAGCUCAGAAACUACUGUCCUGUUGAUGAUGUUCUAAUUCACUCUAACCCCAAAAAUUCACGAGAUGUGAAGGCCCAGGUUGAUGAUGAAGAUAUGGCUGUCAUGAACCAUAUCAGCUCUGAUGACUAGGUACUCGUCUGGAAAACCCUCCAUAGUUUUACUUUUACUUUGUUUUUUAUUAGUAUCAUUAUUGAUUUGGUUUAUGGAGGUUUGGAGACAGUUCUUGUUGGGAUUUAUCCUUGUUUUGGGAUCUUGUGUUUAUAGGUUGUGAUGUUGGAUGAGCAUGGAUUGGACAUAGGGUCUGAGAAGUUUGCUGAAUUAGUAGGAGAUGCAGGGAGUAAUGUAAGGAACUACAACUCACUAAAAGGUUGCUGACAUU